UUUUCCAAAUGACCUUUUUACCCCUCUCCCUCAUCCCUGCCGACACCGCGAAAGCCACUUAAGACCACCCAUGCCCUCCCUCUCCCCCACAAAUCAUUUGAACUCUCUCUCUCUCUCUUUCUUUCACUCUCUCUCUUCAUUUUUUGGAGGAGCUUUGACAUGGAAUUUGGCCGGAAAGUGGUGUUUUCCGGCGACCCACCACUGGGAUACUCUUUUUCCGGCGAAUUGCCAGCAAAUAAGGCACCGGAAGCAGUCCCCGUUCUCUCUCCUCAAUCUGUAUCCGACAUUGGAAGCUUCACUUCGCUUGAAGAGUUCUUACCAGACGAGAAGAGCUUUUCUUCAGCUGAAGAAGGAAACAUUGGCCUCGAAUGGCUAUCUGAGUUUGUCGAGGACUGCUUCUCCGGUGAAAUUCCGGCCACCCAUCCGCCGGUAAAUCACUUUCCGGGCCCGUCCCACAUGAAACCCCUCCAUCCCGUACAAAUCCCCUGCAAAGCCCGUACCAAAAGGAGGCGCCGCACCUGUCACCUACCCGUCCCCACCCCGUCAACCGACGAGUCAGCCGCCUAUGACCCGCCACUUCUGCACCAAGCCUAUUGGCUCGCCGAGAGCGAGCUCAUUAUCCAAACCAAACCCGAGAACGAGCCAUCAAACGGUUCAACUCACAUAUUGAACGAGUCACUUGAUACUAAUGACUCGAAUCAGCUAGUCACCGAGUCAGAUGAGGGUGUCACUGAUUUGGGUAGCGAGUCUUUGGAUCGAACAAACGAGUCUUGCAGUUCAAGUCAGCCGAGGAGGUGCACCCAUUGUUUAGCACAACGGACGCCUCAAUGGAGGGCUGGGCCUCUUGGGCCGAAGACACUUUGUAACGCGUGUGGGGUUCGGUUUAAGUCGGGGAGGCUGUUGCCCGAGUAUCGACCCGCAAAGAGUCCGAGUUUUUUGAGCUAUAAGCAUUCCAAUUCUCAUAAGAAGGUCAUGGAGAUGAGAAUGGCCCUUUGACAAGAAAAUGAAACCCUUUUGGGCCUCCAAUUUUUUGUAUUAUUUUUUUCCUUUUGCAGUACAUUGAAGGUAGGAAAAAUGACUAGAUGGUUUCUUGGUAGCUUAGUGAAAAAAAAAGAGAAACGUUUCUUGGUGGUUCUUUUUGUCUUUGUUUUCUGGCGUGCAAGAGCCUAAGGGAUAAAAAAUAAAGCAACGCAUCGAAACCCACCGAAAAAUGCAGUAUUAGUGUCAAAAACAAUUAUGAUGUUUUGGAAAUCUACUUUUGUAUUGAAAUUUUAA